AUGCAGUGCUUCAAAUUCAUUAAGGUCAUGAUGAUCCUCUUCAAUCUACUCAUCUUUCUCUGUGGUGCAGCCUUGUUGGCUGUGGGAAUCUGGGUGUCCGUCGAUGGGACAUCUUUCCUGAAGGCCUUUGGAUCACUGUCGUCGAGUGCCUCGCAGUUCGUCAACGUGGGCUACUUCCUCAUCGCUGCCGGGGCCAUGCUCUUUAUUCUUGGUUUCCUGGGCUGCUAUGGUGCUCACUCUGAGAACAAGUGUGCGCUCAUGAUGUUCUUUUCCAUCCUCCUCAUCAUCUUCAUCGCUGAGAUCGCAGGUGCUGUGGUUGCUUUGGUGUACACCACAAUGGCUGAACAAUUCCUGGCACUGCUGGUGGUGCCUGCUAUCGAAAAAGACUAUGGUUAUCAGUCUGAUUUCACCCAAGUGUGGAACACUACAAUGGAAGAGCUGCACUGCUGUGGCUUCAACAACUACACAGAUUUUAGUGCCUCACGUUUCGUCGAAGAGAAUAAAGUCUUCCCCCAAUACUGUUGUGCCAACCCUAGCAACCAUACAAUUGAGGAACUAUGCACCGAGGAUAAGGCCAGAAGUAUGAACGUACAGGGUUGUUUCAAAGAGAUUCUGCAUAAAAUCAGAACCAAUGCAGUCACUGUGGGUGGUGUGGCCGUCGGAGUCGCGGCCCUGGAGCUGGCUGCCAUGGCUGUAUCCAUGUAUCUAUACUGCAAUCUGAAAUAGGACUGCUUUUUCCUCCUGACUUGCUGCCAUCACAUGGAAACCAGGAAGAGGCACUUGGCACAGCUAAGCAGCAGUAAUGGGUGGAGAUGAAAUGUCAUUUGGGCUGGAAUGGAUUUGCCUUUGCUGCUCAGGACUUUGGGCUAAAUAGGGACACCUGUUGGACUUUGUCUGCCUUGUUCUUCCACUAGUGGGGUGAGGGGGGGCAUUGGUCCCAGUCCGAGGCAGCCAUGUAUGCCCAUCUCCUGAGACUCUUGAUGAUCCCAGCACUCCACUAGUGGAUGAAGGCACUUAU